CUCUCUCUCUCUCCUGGUAGAAACAGGACGGCCGUGUGUCCGUGCCAAGGAGAAGAAGGCGUAGACUUCCUCCAAACAUUUCCUCCGCCAUCUCCGCUUUCGAGACUUCUGUGGAAUCUUUGUAACGACUUUGUAUCUGUUUUGUUUUUCCACCUCCUCCACCACCUGGUUGUUUGUUUCUCUGAGAAGGAUUCCUGCUUUUCCUCAAACCUCUGAGCUUUAAGCAGCAGCAGACAUGGACUGGGGAACAGAUCUGUGGGACCAGUACGAUCACAUCGACAAGCAUACGCAGUGCGGCCUCGACCUGGUGGAGCGCUACAUAAAGUUUGUGAAGGAACGGACAGAAAUAGAGCAGAACUACGCUAAACAACUCAGGAAUCUAUCAAAGAAAUAUGCCAAACGAGGGAGCAAAGAAGAGCAAGACUGCAAAUUCAGCAAUCACGCAUCACUCCAGGAGAUCCUGAACGAGCUGAACGAUUACGCCGGCCAACGGGAGCUCAUCGCUGAAAACAUGAUGACCGGCAUCUGCGUGGAACUCACCAAGUACCUUCAGGAUAUCAAACUGGAACGCAAAACGCACCUGUCUGAUGCCAAGAAGGCCCAGCAGAAUUUAGAGGGCACCUUUAAACAACUAGAAAGUACUAAGAAGCGCUAUGCCAAGGAGUGGGCAGAGGCUGAAAAAGCCACACAACAAUCAGAGAAAACAGAGAGCGACCUAAAUGCCACCAGGCUCGAUGUCGAGAAGGCCAAGCUACAUGCCCAUGCCCGCACACACACAGCGGAGGAGUGCAGGAACGACUAUGCAGCACAGCUCCAGAAAUACAACAAGGAACAAAACUUCUACUACUACUCAGAGAUACCGCAGAUCUUCAAUAAAAUGCAGGACAUGGAUGAGCGGAGGAUUCGGCGGCUGGCGGAGGGCUACUGCCAGUUUUCAGACAUGGAGAAGAAGGUGCUGCCCAUCAUCACUAAGUGUUUAGAGGGGAUUUCUGCAGCAGGAGUGAAAAUUGAUGAGAAACAGGACUCGAUACUGUUCAUAGAGCAGCACAAGUCUGGUUUUGAUCGACCUGCAGAUUUGGAGUUUGAAGACUACACCCAAGGAAUCAAACCAGCAACCUCUGACUCCAGCCUCAACCCCCCCAAAGUGCGCGCCAAGCUCUGGCCUUUCAGCAAGAAGAACAAGUUUGCCCCUCCGUCUUUCUCUCCCCCGUCCUCUCUCCCACCGGGCAGCCUCCCCCUCUCCCUCUCCUUCACCAAACUGCAGCAAUCCCCUCUCUCUCUCUGCCUUAGAGAGUUUAAUCGCUCUAUCAAACCCAGGAUUUCCACCUUAAAGAUAUUACACAAACAGCGCACGACAACGCAUGCUGAAAAGCACAUGCCGCAUGCUGCAGAAGAUUUCUCUCACCUUCCUCCAGAGCAGAGGAAGAAGAGGCUGCAGGGGAAGAUUGACGACAUCACCAAAGAGCUGCAGAAGACGCAGGACCAAAGUGAAGCCCUGGAGAAGAUGAAGGGUGUGUACGAGCAGAAUCCACAGAUGGGAGACCCCAACAGUCUGGAGCCUCAGAUCUCAGAAACUACCCAGGACAUUGGCCGCCUGAAGGGGGAGCUCACCAAAUAUGAGACGUGGCUGUCAGAAGCAGUGGGAGGAGAGGAAUCUUCCAACGCUAUCAACAAUAAUACUCAACAUGGACAUGAUAGUGGUGUUGUAGCACCUGACCUGCCCCAGGGCAUCUACACAGAGUUCGAUGACGAGUUUGACGACAUAGAAGCUCCUGUUGGCCAGUGCACGGCUCUGUACACCUUUGAAGGCAACAGUGAGGGCACCAUUGCCAUUACGGAGGGAGAGCUGUUGAGUAUAAUGGAGGAUGAUAAAGGAGAUGGAUGGAUGAGAGUCCUUAGAGCCAGUGGAGAAGAGGGCUAUAUACCUUCAUCCUAUGUCAAACUUGCCCCGUAACACACACACACACACUUAAAGCUUGGGAUGGAGAGCAAGUUAAGGUGAAUACAAAGUCAUCCACGAUAAUUGGAGCUCUUCUCUACAACUUGUUAUCUCAGUCUGUGACGUCUAUGUUGAGAUGAAAGUGAGUGAUUAGAAAGCUUGUUAUCAAGGCUGAUUGCAAUAUCACACAGUCCCUGUCUCUGCGGCAGGAGAGGCUGUCUCUAAACGCAGACUGUCUGAUCUUUAUGGAUUUCAGCUCUUUUAAAUCCAAACUUCUGAAUGUAUUCCUGAACUUUUUUUGUCACAGCGUUAAGUGACGACUCGUGCAACAUAUCCAACGUCAUAGUAGCCGAACGCUACAUAUCUUUAUGUCGAUAUAUCCAUUCACUUGACUUUCCCACUGCCAUCUCUAAUAACCUGCUGAACCUUUUCUUUUUGUAACAGCGGCCCUCUGCUAAAACCUCUUUCCUGACAGGAUAAUGUGACUUUUUUCUUUUUAUUAUAAUGAUGUUUUAUGAUUUAGAACUGGAUAAAAACCACUACUCUAUACAAUUAUCUCUCAACGGAGUGUCACAGUAAAGGAUAGGUUCACAUUUUUUUUACGUCGGUCUUAAAACCAGGUGGCCAUAUGAACACUGAAAUAGGUUUUGCAUGCUGCAAUUAUUCCUCUUGUUCAUACUGGCCCUGAGAGAGAGAGAUACAUUCCUAAUGUGCUUCCAGUGUAAGUAAUGGGGGAGAAAAAUCCACAGUCAUCCAUAGUAUCAGUGUUUUUAAUUUAAAAUUCCUUCUGUGUGUUACUAUCCCUACACUACAGCUCAACAGGAAUACACAAUGAGAAAUUUCAUACUAAAAAGAUGGAAGACAGAAGACACCCUUCUGAUAUGAGUGACUCAAGUUUGUUGGUGCUUCCUAUCAUCCAUUCAUCCGUUUUUAACCGCUUAUCCGGGGCCGGGUCGCGGGUGGCAGCAGGCUUAGCAGGGUCCCUCUCCCCAACAGCGUUUUUCAGCUCUUCCUGGGGAACCCCGAGGCGCUCGUAGGCCAGACGCGAUAUAUAAUCUCUCCAGCAUGUUCUGGACCUCUUUCCAGUUGGACGUGCCCUGAAAACCUCCAAAGGAAGGCGUCCAGGAGGCAUCCUGAUCAGAUGCCCCGAACCACCUCAGCUGGCCCCUUU